GUGGACCUACGCGCGGGCCGAAACGCAGGCCCUGCGCCUGCCGCCUCUCCCUUCUGCUAGCGCCGGUCUCGCGCCAUGGCCGCCUCCCCGGGCUCGGGCAGCGCCAACCCGCGGAAGUUCAGUGAGAAGAUCGCGCUGCACACGCAGCGGCAGGCCGAGGAGACGCGGGCCUUCGAGCAGCUCAUGACAGACCUCAACCUCUCGCGGGUUCAAUUUCAGAAGCUUCAGCAACUCCACCUUACCCAGUAUCAUGGAGGAUCCUUACCAAAUGUGAGCCAGCUGCGUAGCAGUGUAUUGGAGUUUCAGCCAUCAUUUCAUCAAGCUGAUAAUGUUCGGGGAACCCGUCAUCAUGGGCUGGUGGAGAGACCAGCCAGGAACCGCUUCCACCCCCUUCAUCGAAGGUCUGGUGACAAGCCAGGACGACAAUUCGAUGGUAGUACUUUUGGAACCAAUUAUUCCUCACAGCCUCUGGAUGAGAGUUGGCCAAGGCAGCAGCCUCCUUGGAAAGAAGAAAAGCAUCCUGGGUUCAGGCUGACGUCUGCACUUAACAGGACCAAUUCUGAUUCUGCUCUUCACACGAGUGCUCUGAGUACCAAGCCCCACGACCCCUAUGGAGGAGGGGGGCAGUCAGCUUGGCCUGCCCCAUACAUGGGUUUCUGUGAUGGUGAGAAUGAUGGGCAUGGGGAAGUGGUAUCUUUCCCUGGCCCAUUGAAAGAAGAGAAUCUGUUAAAUGUUCCCAAGCCACUGCCAAAACAGCUGUGGGAGACCAAGGAGAUACAGUCCCUUUCAGGGCGCCAUCGAUCAUGUGAUGUCGGAAGUGGCAAUGCCUUUCAACAUAAUGGUCAAAACAUAGGCCUCUCGCCCUUUCUGGGGACCCUGAACACUGGAGGAUCAUUGCCAGAUCUUACCAACCUCCAUUACUCGACACCCCUCCCAGCCUCCCUGGACACUGGCGACCACCUCUUUGGGAGUAUGAGUAUGGGGAAUAGUAUGGGCAGCCUCCCAGCUGCUAUGACUCACUUGGGGAUAAGAAGCACCUCUGGUCUCCAGAGUUCUCGGAGUAACCCCUCCAUCCAAGCCACACUUAAUAAGACAGUGCUUUCCUCCUCCCUAAAUAGCCACCCACAAUCAUCUGUCCCCAGUGCCUCUGCUCUUCACCCUUCGCUCCGUCAUUUUUCCCGUAGCAACCCAUCCCUUUCCACCACAAACCUGAGUGGCCCUUCUCGGCGGAGGCAGCCUCCCGUCAGCCCUCUUACACUUUCUCCUGGCCCCGAAGCAAAUCAACUUCUCAACAGACAGUUCUCUUCAACCAGCUCAGGAAACCAGUUUCCUGCCUCCCAGAUGGUGCCUUCAGAUCAAAGCUCACUUUCCUUCCUGCCUACAGAAGCUCAAACUCAAGUGUCCCCACCACCCCUUUACCCCACCCCCCAGGAGCUCCCGCAGCCUCUCCUCCAUCAGUCCCAAGCCCAGGAGUUCCCUCCUCAGCAGCCCCAGACAGCCUCAGCACUACCCCAGUCAGAUUUCCAGCUCCUCACGUCCCAGGGCUCAUCUUUGACCAACUUCUUCCCAGAUGUGGGCUUUGACCAACAGUACAUGAGGGCAGGCCUGCCUUUUCUUCAGCAGAUGCCCCCGUUACAACAAGGACAACGAGAACCACAGGACUCACUUCAUUUGAGGCCAAACACGUAUUCCAACUGUGGGAACUUCCCAAACACCAUCCUGACAGAAGACUCAAGCACCAGCCUUUUCAAAGACCUCAGCAAUGCACUGGCAGGUAUGCCCGAGGUCAGCCUGAAUGUGGACAGUCCGUUCCCAUUGGAAGACGAGCUCCAAAUUGAACCCCUGAGCCUAGAUGGACUCACCAUGCUAAGUGACUCCAGCAUGGGUCUGCUGGACCCCUCUGUUGAAGAGUCAUUUCGAGCUGACCGACUGUGAACAGAAUGGAACAGAAUGGGAGCAUUUAUUUCUAAAACAUCCAAAAUAGAAUGGAAUAGAAUGGAGCCAGCUAUACACCUGGACUUCUGACAUGGAACAAACUAAUUCCAGUGCUCCGAGCUUCCAGAUGAGAUCCUGUCUCACCCCCCAUGGCUUAUUCUAGACCACA